GCGAUGGUGGACGUGCUGGGCGGGCGGCGCCUGGUGACCCGUGAGGGCACGGUGGUGGAGGCCGAGGCGGCGCUGCAGAACAAGGUGGUAGCUUUGUACUUUGCGGCGGGCCGGUGCGCGCCCAGUCGCGACUUCACGCCGCUGCUCUGCAACUUCUACACGGAGCUGGUGAGCGAGGCGCGGCGGCCCGCACCCUUCGAGGUGGUUUUCGUGUCGGCGGAUGGCAGCGCGGAGGAGAUGUUGGACUUCAUGCGCGAGCUGCACGGCUCCUGGCUGGCAUUGCCCUUCCACGACCCCUAUCGGCAUGAACUGAAGAAGAGGUACGACAUCACCGCCAUCCCCAAGCUGGUGGUCAUCAAGCAGAACGGAGCUGUCAUCACCAGCAAAGGGCGGAAGCAGAUCCGGGAGCGCGGGCUAGCUUGCUUUCAGAACUGGGUGGAAGCAGCCGAUGUUUUCCAAAACUUCUCCGGCUGA